AUGAAGCUCCAUCUCCUACUGCUUCAGCUUGCCCUCUUCUCUGGCGCUACCUUUGCCAGGAGGGGAUAUCACGAAGUCGCUCCUGCACCACCUUCGUCUGCAUUAGCCCCUGUCCCCUUGUCAACUACGAUCACUGGCCCGCAACCCACGGGCUCCGUCAACGGAACUGGAGCCCCAACUGGAGCCGGACCUGGAGCAAACUGCGGCCUCGGCUACACCUACUGCGGCUACAUGCUCUCUCAGCAAGGUCACGAUUUCGCCCCCAGCGACGUCAGCAAGGCAUACUGCAGCGGUCUCGGUGAGCUCUGCGCAGGCAGCAAACCCAAGACCGACCCCGACCAGGCUGUCUACCUCUGCAUGGACAAACAGCCGUCCAGCAUCAUGCUCGCGUGCGCUUGCAGCGGCAAGUGCUUGAACGAGGCCGAGACUAAGAACAUUGCCCACUGCGACAAGCCUUGCGUCAAUGCGUAG